AUUUUAUUUACUCCUGAAAUCCAAGAUGGCCACCUUGAAUAUCUCGAUCCCAUAGCAAUUGAGGAUGCAAGUAGCUACCGAAAAAACAACUUUUCCCCGACCAUCUCAUCCCCUGAAAUUCAAUUCGAAUUGUGCGGAUGACCCCCUUACAUCUUAUUAGCCACUAAAUAGCCAUUGCAUUUUCGCGCAAACCCCUUCAAUUUGCCAAUUUGAAGUAGUUUCGCGAAGUAGCUCGCGCUGUCGCUGUCUGUCCGAAGCGAGGUUCAGACAGGCAGCACAUCCAAAUGGCCGAACCGAGAAAAGUACAAUUUGUCACCCUCUCGGCCUUCGCUGCUGGAUCAGCCACGGAGACUAGGAAACGCCGGUUGGAGGAUGACGAGGCCGACAUCGACUUGGAUGCGGAAUGUGAGGGCGACACGAAAGCGUCCGGGGCAGAUGGUAGCGGUGGGCUUUUCGGCAAAACUAGUAGUGACAAGGACAACGCUGAAGGAAAACGGAUUACCGUGCGAUUGAAUCUAUCUCUGUCCGAGCCCAGCGAUCAAUCGUCGGCCGAGUUUAACUACAGCGAACUCAUCCAAAACAUCCAGGCAAAAAAGAUCACUCCUUUUCCAGCCACGACUCAGACUCCAACUCCUUUUAUCCUGCCUCCUGCCCUUGACCCUAGCGACCAUUUCAACAAUGAUGAGAAAGACCGACUGCAGGUGGAGGCCCUGGCCAAGAAGUUUGAGAACAAAUAUGGCAAUGCAAAUGCAGCAGGAAAGAGGAAGAGGAAGGAUAGGAUGCAGGAUCUGAUUGACAUCGGCUUCGGCUAUGACGAGACCGACCCUUUCAUUGACAACUCAGAGGCUUAUGACGAGCUGGUCCCGGCCUCCCUGACUACCAAGCUGGGAGGGUUCUACAUCAACACGGGCACGUUGCAGUUCAGAGCUGCUUCCGAGUCCGAGGGAGAGGAUGGGGGCAAGGAUGUCAAACCCAGAGUAAGGGAGCUGAAGGGUGGCGAGGAGCAAGUGAUCAAGAGACGAAGGAGGAAAGAAGGAAACAAUUUGGAGGAGAAGAAACCCCGGAAGAACAGAGUGCCCAAACCAGGAGUGUCGUCUCUGAUGAACAUCCACCGGCCAGAGAAGAAGAAGAGGAAGAAGCUGAUGAAGGACUCCUUGUGCUUGGCAGCCAUGUUGCGCCGCUUCACCCGGGAGAAGCAGGAGAUGAGGAAGAUGAACCCCACCGUGCCGCACCCCGGCAUGGGUAGCUCCGUGGCCAACGCCCCGCGAGCCAACCACCUGCUGGCUAACUCCCACCUGCACGCUAACGCGGCUAACAACGACGUCUCAUUGGCCGAGCUCACCGCGGACCCCGCCAUGAUGUCACUCCUGGGCUCGGCAAAUGAGAAGGAGCUUCAGGAUCUUCUGGGUGACCUGGACUUCAGCCUUCUGGACAGCUCGGCUAAUCCGCACGUGGCCACGCCCGGGAGAGAGAAUGGCCUGAUGGGAAUUGGAGUUUCAGGGCCGAAGUCGAGUGGGGGCGGGUUAGGGAGGGGGCUGGGGGUUUCAGGGGGUCUCCUACACCCACCUCCGCUCCCUGACGGCCUGCCUGCUCCCCUCAUCAAGCGCAUCGAGGACCUACGGGCGGCCUCUCGUCAGUUUGAUCAAGAGGGAAGGAAGAAAUUCUUCACCCUGGAUAUGAAUAACAUCCUACUGGAUAUUGAGCUGCAGGUGCAGGAGCAGCCGAUGGGGCUCCGUGGGGAGGUGUAUUCUCACCUGGAGGCCUUUGUGCCCUGCAAUAAGGAGGCCCUGCUCAAACGCCUCAAGAAGCUUAGCCUCAACAUCCAGGACGACCGUCUGCGUACGCCCCUGUUGAAGCUGAAGCUGGCUGUGUGCAGUGUGAUGCCCGAGCAGAUCCAACGAUACAACUUGGACUGCAUGGUCAAGGCUGCCAACAGGCAGCAACCCGGAGAGGGAGAGAAGAACGGAUCAGAGGAGGAGGACGAGGGGAAGCCGGGGAAGAGGAUGAUGGGCCCACGGAAGAAGUUUGUCUGGGACGACAAGCUCAGGUCGCUGCUGUGUAACCUGGUGCGUGUGAAGUUGAGCUGCUAUGAACUGGAGUCGUCUCAGUGCUCUCUCUCCGUGGAGGAUUACCUCAAGGCCUUCAUGGAGAACGAGGUCAAACCACUAUGGCCCAAGGGAUGGAUGCAGGCCAGGAUGCUGUUCAAGGAGAGCCGUGUUGUACACAGUCACCUCACUGUCAACAUGGUCAAGAAAAGGAUGGUCCCCACCCCCAGGGCUAAAGCAAAGGAGGGCCAAUGGAUCCAGCAGAGGCCCAAUCUCCCCACCGCCACCACCCCUUCUCUCCCCCACGUCCCCUCCACCCCCUCCGUCAUCCAGGCUCGAGGGACCUCCUCGUCCCCCUCGGAGCCCAUCUGCCUGUCCGACUCGCUGGACGAGGACCUCCGCGCCCCCUCCCUGGAUUCCGUCUCCCACGCCCUCGCCUUCCUCAGCCAAGCCGCCAAGGGCCUGGGUCCCCACGGCAGCGUCACUGACCUCACCCUCACCUCCCCCUCUCCCCCGCCUCUCCAGAUCCCCAACUCCUCCCCCUCCAUCACCCCUCACUACUCCCCCUCGUCUUCCCAACUCACCUCACAUUCUCUUUCCAAGAUAAACGCCAACUCGUCGACGAUGCUGACGAUGCCAUCGAUGGCCAACAUUAAGACCACACUAUCUACCUCUCCCUCCACUUCCACGGCGUCGUCGGCUCGCAUGCAGCUCGCGGGGGCCACGUUGGUGUCUCGUAGCACCGACGGAGUGUACGGUGUGAUGAAAGGGGCAGGCUCUAUGGGACAGACUCAGAGACACAAUGUUAGCAUGGCGACCUCCACUCACAGGCAAGGGGGCAUGACCGGAGGGAGUAAGCUCCACCCACCGUCGUCCCCCUCCCCGCCCACCAAGCAGCGUCCCCCUCCCACAGCCUCUCCGCUCCUGCCCCCCCAUCAGAAGGUCGCCCUGGGCAUGGGGGUGGCAAUACCAGGACUGGGGAAGUGCAGUGUCAAAGCCAACAGCAGUAGUAAUGGCGGUGCCAUGAUGAGCAACAUGCCCUCCUCCUCCCCUCAGUCCCGUGCCACCAACUCCCACUCACACCCCCAGCAGCUCAACUCCAAGAGCCCCCAGCAGCUCAACUCCAAGAGCCCCCAGCAACCCUCCUACCUCACCUCCACGGUGGGCUCCUCAUCCUCCCAGUCCCCCUCCCACCACCAGGGAAAAUCCAAGCCCCACCACCAGUCCAACUUCAUCACCCCCAUGCAGGCAACCCUCACCAAGUCCUCCCACAGCAACAACUCCUCCCCAAUCAUCAAACUCACCCCUCGCCCCCCCGCCCCCGCCCCUCCUCCCAUCUCCUCCCCUUCCUCCUCCUCUUCCAACCUCCUCUCUCACUCUCAAAUGAUCUCCAGCCCUCUCCAGUACCAGUCCCCCAAGACUUCCGGUUUCCGCCCCCCAUUUAGUGUCCAAGGUGGGGGUCAGGUGAAGUCGGGCCAGGGCAGUUAUAGCUUCGCGGGGAGCCAGAAGGGUCCGUCUGUCAUUAGCAGUAGUAGCGUUAGCAGCGCUACCUCCAACAGCAGCCCCAUGCGCAUGUCGCCCGUCACCAGUCGCCCGGACAACAGCCCCUCCCCCUCCGGCACGGUCUCGACCAAUCAUGGACAGAGACAGAGGGCCAUGGGCGGAUCCAAGGCUGUAGGCAGUCGGGUACCCACGUCAACCAUGGCCACACCCUCCGUUACCUCACACCUGACGCAGGUGUCAGCUGGCAGUCCCCUCCUGGGCGGGCCACUUGGCUUUGGGAUGUUGGGGGGGCUGGUGCCCGUCUCGCUGCCCUUCCAGUUCCCUUCGCUGCUCAACUUCACUCCUCCUGGAGCCCCGGGGGUCAGCAGCCUGGGCACGGGCGCCAACUCAGGAUACAGCCUCUCACAGAGCGACUUAAUGGAUCUGUAUAAGAGUCUCCAGUCAGGGUCACAGGCUGCUCUACCUCCUCACUUGCAGCUUGCUUUCUCAGAUGCGAACCAAAGCCAGGGUGGCGACAUGAAGAGGAAGUCCCACUGACCAAUAGAGACGGAGGACAGAGAGUGACAGAGACGAGACAUCCACUAGGAUCACUUUGAUUGGACAGAUGGACACAAUGAUGUAAUAAUACAGGGGGGUGGAGCCUUCUUCCCUCAAUAUGGACCUGAAGAAUCAAUUCCCCCUCACCAUGACGAUUUCUGAAUUUAAUUUAACUGUAUUUUUAUUAUUACUGGGUAUAAAAUGGACCUGGGGUGAAUGAUAAAUGAAACUUUUUUUCCUUACAUUUUUUUUCGUGUCAACAUGUUUACAUGACCGACCUUUAUCACUGUGGAAUGAGGACAGGGUUGUAUUCAUUAGGCUCCAAACAUAGAAAAAUAAAUACAGAAACAAGGACGGACUGCCUGAACACUCGUUUUCGAAAAAGCGUUUUGCACCAACGGAGUGCACAUACUGCAACGAAUGUCGAUCCGGUCGUUCGGCGUGGUCUGUUUUACAGACCACCCCGCCAGUGACGGUCUGAUUGACAUUUUCGCUCGAUUCUACAUGUAGAAUCAGUCUGCAAAUUACGGCUGGCACUCUGUUCAGAGGUGCUAAGUACUCUCGACCUGCAAACGCUACCAGUGUGUCCGUUCCUUAAUGAAAACCACCCAGGAGAGGGAAUACGCUGUUAGCCAAGUCAUUUCAUUUGAAUUUAAGUCUGUUUAUAUUUUUUCUCGUCUAAAGCAGAUUUGAGUAUAAUAUAAUUUUUUGGUCGUUGUCUUGACUGUCUGAGAAAGGUAGUUGUUAACUUGUCUCCGAUGUGAGAUGGUGUGUCCAUUGAGUUGUACUGUUUUAAAGUCUCCUCUGCUCCCCACAACUGACUGUUAAGGGUUAAGGUAGUAUAGCUAAUAUAGAUAUUGAUAAAUUAUUUGUAAUUUACACAGGGAUAAAAAAAUAAAUAUUUAGAGGUAUGUGUGUGCCGGUGAGAUUGAAUGUGUGUGUGUGUGUGUGUGUGUGUGUGUGUGUGUGUGUGUGUGUGUACACACAACCUACAUAUAUUAUUAUAUAUUGUAUUUUCUUUCCAGGUCAGUCUGUGCUGUGUGUGUGCAAAUUGCAUACCUUCUUUUCUCUGUUGUGUGUGUUUGAGUGAGUGAGUAUUCCCCUCUCUUGCUCAGCGUGUCUUUGGUGCUGUAUAAUCACACUGGACCUUUUCUGGAGAAAAACUUGAACUGUAAAAGCUAGACUCCUCUUGGAGGGUGAGAGAGGGGACAAAGAUGCCAGAUUGUAGCCUACUUGAACUUUUUUUAAAUUGUAAUUAAUUUAGUUUGUAAAAAAAAAAAAAAAAAAAAAAAAAAAAAACGCUUAUCAACUCAAACACUCAAUAUGACAAAACGCCUUAGUUUGUAAGUUUCAUUAAAGAACUAUGCAGGACUAUAAAUGCUUCAAUGCAAAAGUGCAAGUCGUCGCUUGGCUUUCAACCUCUUACUCAGCUGUCAAUGCAUUUCUGGGAGUUGUGAAUGUUUGUGUGUAUGUAUGUCUGAGUCCUUUUCCCAUCUAAAGAACUCUCCCUUCUCACCUACUGAAUACCUCUAGAAACUGUUCUUCCUUACUCUCUUCCUAUAUCUGGGAAGAUCUCAAUAGCAUACUCCUCACUUCCUCUCUCCUAGUCGUCUUCUCAAAACCCAUUGGGGGAGAAGGUCAGAGGGGAGGGACCUCUGGCUUUCUUGCCUCUGUCCAUCUCUUAUCAUCCUUCAUCCCUCCUUCCAAUGUCAGUAUGAAUGUCGACCAACUGCACCAAGAAUGGCGCCAAAGAUGAGUUUCCUAGCAUAUAGAUGGGGUGCCUUGGUCAGUAUGUGUGUUUUCCUAUCAUUCUCUUUGAAAUGUACCCAUGAGUGUCUGUCUGUCUGUGGUCUGUCAGGAUGUCAUGGUGAAAAGUUGUUUUUUCUGUGACUGGAGCAGGUGGCAUUUUAAAGCUUUUUUUGGGGGGUAAAGAUUACAUUUCUUGGUAACUGGUUACUUAAUUUGGUCUCUUUUGUAGAUGAUUUUUGUGUGUUGAUUUAUGGAAUAAAAUACAGUUGGUUUUCAA